GUUGGUUCCUGUCGUACAACUACAGCAGGGUACUAGUGAAGACACCAGGGAGGAUGAAGAAAUUGCCCUUGAGUAUCAUCAUAAUCAGGUGGACGACAUCAAGAGGAAGAGCUACAGCAUGUUCCACCAGGACGAGGCCGCCACGCUCUAUUCUUCUCCUUCACCGUCAGCGUCACACACCAUCAAGCUGCAUAAUCAUUUGAAAUUCCAUCUGAACGCUUCUUGUUCGGCCCUCAACCUGCUUCGUGCCGUCCGUGCCAACGCAAAUGUUCUGUUCGAGGACUGCUGGUGUUCGGUGAGCAAAGCAGCAGCUUUGAGGGAAAAUAUUAGCGGAGCUGCGCAGCACGACAGCUCGCCGCCGAGCAACCCCCUCCAGUUGCUUGACGGGGCAGGAGGUGGACACGACGAGGAGGGCGCUGCAGCUGCUGAUGUUGUAGUCAGCACACCUCCACAGCAGGUCGGCCAGUCGUCGACCUCUUGUUUUUACUGUCCGCCCGAGAAUGUCGGAUGGAAUCCGAAUGGGUUUUGGUACGCAAAGCCCGAUAUCAAAUGUAAAAGUGUCUGAGUCUGGAAGAAUGCAUGUUUGUCGUGCUUGUCUGGCAUGACUCUAUAAAUCUGUCAUGCACGUUACCCAAGAGCUCCAUUUUUCUGUGAUGCAGAAACGCAGUUUGUCAUGCAGAAUAGGCAACACCUAGAAGCUCAGAAACUUGUCAUGCUGAGCCAGCACUUGUGGCCUCAUCAUGAGACGCCACCCAGCAUCACAAGUUUCCAGACCCAGACAUUUUUACACUUGAUACCCGAUUUCCUUCAACUAAUUGAAUUGGCAGGCAGAAGCAGGAGUAGGGGAGCAGGCGUCGCGACUCCUGCUUCCUCUGGUGCUGCUGCACCUUCCGGAAGUAGAACAUCGCAAGGUAGAAGUAGCAGUGGUGGUACGACGACAGCUAGUGACCAUCAAGAAGCAGGUUCUACUUUUUUGUCCAGGCUCCGUCAGGAACCAGGGGACGAAGAGCACUGCCGCAAGGCAGCGGAAGAAGAAGAACGGAAUAGAAUCAACGUGAUCAAAGACAUCCUUCAGGAGGAGCAGCAGUUUGCGGAGUUUUCAAAAUGCCGGGACCGGCUAUGGCGUUCUCAACUGUUACAUUCUCAAGUGUUACAUGAAUUUGUGAUGCAAGAAUGGAAAAAGUGAAAGGAGGAAGAUUGCGCCUUUUGCAAUACAAAUUUUGCGCAGAUUUUGGUGCUGUUUAGCCCUUCGCAAAUUUGUCAUGCGAAGCAGCUUGAUCUUGGGGAUGGUCAUGGUAUUUUUGCAUGACAAAUUAAUGUAACAGUUGAGAAUGUAACGUUUGAGAACGCCAUACCGGCUGCGGAAGUAUUUGAAGAAAGUAGAGACACACGUGCUCCACAAAUUCGUCGAGGCUUUUCACGAUCAUUGCGAUUUACCAGGACGUCGGGCACCGCUACCGGCGGCUACUUCUGACAUUAAGAUUGAGACUUUUUCUUCUACCGCCGCGGAAGAUCAUGAAGAUGACUUUGUCAUUUUUGACAAACUCUUCGCCCUCGCGACCUUCGCUCCGUUCUACGGGAACUUGGCAGCGCGGCGCGAGCGUACGGGGUUGGAUGAGACGGACGGGGUGAGGCGCAUGGCGAUGGUGCUGUACAGCGAGACAACGGAAGCUUCGAUGAUUGAAGUUGCCCAAAAAGCCACGACCCCUGGCGAAGAUCUGGUCAGUUUCCUGGCCGACCACGCCGGCGGUUCGGGGCAAGAAGUUGUGGUAGGCCAGCACGACAACUCUGACUCGUCGUCAAACGCGGCGAGAGGUCCCCGGCGUCCGAGCACGACUGCUCAGGUCGUUCGGCCAGUGGACUUGUUCCGAAAGUGGCUGCAAAAGGUGGUUGAAGCAAAACGCGUUGUGGGCUGCGACGACGUGGGGGCGAGGAAGCCGGACCGGGUUGCAGGACAAAUGGAUGAGGAAAAGAAGAACACAGCUACUGCAAAAACCACAAGAACCAGUCGUGUACUAGGAAAUGAACUUAGUUUGGCCACAGUAGAUGUUGCUGAGCAACAGUCCUCCUCUAGUGUGUCUACUUCAUCGCCGGAAGGAGAAGACGUUGCUGCACCAGCAGAGCUGCCGUCGUCUACUGCUCACGGGGAGAUUUUCCGCCCAAUAAACCCGGCAUUCGCAUUUUCACCUUCUUCGCCAUCAAAUAAUGCGGACCAUUCUCCUUCUCCUUCUGACAUUCGGGCUCGACGCACCUUCGAAGCGGGUAGUCCCCACGGAAAGGACAAAAAUGAGGGGGAGAUGCGGUCAUUCUUAUUUGAUACCAGCAAGAGUACUGAUGAUAUCCCGCGAUCCCCACCUCCCACGGUUCUUAACCCCGAUUUUCUCUCCGCCGCCCUGCGCCAGGAUCCGCACCACGUGCAGAGUCGCUUGCAGGAGUCGCUAGCGCAGUUGAAGCGCGGCUUUCAGGCCGAGAUGAUGCAGAUCAACCGACUUAUGGAGUUCUCAAACGUUACAUUCUCAACUGUUGCAUGAAUUUGUCAUGCAAAACUACCAUCAUCUUCAUCAUCCACAAGCUCAAGCUGCUUCGCAUGACAAAUUUGUGAAGGGCUAAACAGCACCUAAAUCUGCACGGGAUUUGUAAUGCAAUUUUUGCAAUCUUCCCCCUUUUGCUUUUGGUUUUGCCAUUCUUGCAUUACAGAUUCAUGUAACAGUUGAGAAUGUAUAACGUUUGAGAAUGCCAUACGACUGGGGCACUGGUUCGGUGUGGUGAAGCGGGAGCAGAGCCUGCUGGACAGCAUCGUGGCACGCUGCACGCGGAAAGUGCGGGAGCUGGUAGAUGCAAUUGCGGCGGUGAACGAGGAGAUAGUGGCUUUUGGGAGAGGGAAACAAGAAAAAUACAAAGAUGUUGGGACAGCUUCUCCUCCUUCUCAUUCUAAAGCGCAGGAGCAGGUGGACCAUGACCCGCAUCAAUGGGCGAAAAUAAAAAACGAAAUAACUACAUUCGACGAGGAGCUGCAUCGACUGGACCCCAGGCGGUCCUUUUUCCCAAUGGGCAGACGGGUAGUGGUUCUCCGCGUUUUCAAACACGAGGUUGAGGCGGAGGUGAAAGUAGGGAGACCACAUUCACGAACAGCAGCUUCUACUUCCUCUCAAGCUCCUCCCCCUGCAAGUACUGCAGCAUCACCUCCAACAAGGGGCAGCUCCUCGCAGACCACGCCUGCGACCGGCACUACAAGACCCCCAAGCAGCACAGGAACCAGAAUAAACGUGGCAGUACAAGAACCGCAGGAGCGGACCGCGGGGACAACCAGUCACACGCCGCCCUCCACCUCUGACUCUAAAGCGGCGGCGCGCACGCCGAGCGACUUCUUCUUCCAUGCUGCGGAAAAUUUUGCGGCUGCGCAAGCGCUGCGAAUAAACCAACAGAGACGUCGUGUCUCGAUGACUGGUACUGCUGUAAGUCGUGCUCAGCUGGACCAGGAAGAACAGCGCGGGACGUCGUUGACGCGCUCCCCGAGCUCCUCGAGCUCCUCUUGUACACCUACUGCGUCAACAUCAUCAUCAGCGCCGUCACCACCGGGGGAUUCGGGACUGUUGACUGGCCGAUCCUCUACUUCAGUCGAGAGUGUAGCAAGCGCUUCAGCUUCGACUUCCGAAUCAUCUUCAUUCUCUUCGUCUACCAGAAGUAGUAGUUCAAAUUCGGCACCAGAACAUCUUGUUCGCGUCGGCGCUUGCACGGCCCCCGGCGCCAGGGACGGCGGCAGUCAGAGCAGUCACGCCAUCAGUCCACAAAUCAGCCUCGUCAGGCACGAGGUGGAGCAGUUUGGCCGCCGCCGCGUCGAAGAGGAAAUUGUAGAGCAGGUGACGGACGCGGACGACUCAACAUCGUCAACAUCUUCUGCCAGUGAAGAAAAUGAAGCAUCCGCAUCGAGCUCGAGCAGUGGUCUUGUAUCCAGGCUGUGGAACGGAGGCUACCUUGGUGGUCAUCCCAAUUCGCUGUUGUUUCCUAGCCGCACUGUAGAACAGCGCCGAGCCCCGGCCGCCCGUCAAGCCGGUCUUCCUGCAGCGCAGCAUGCAGCUGGUGCAGCAACAUCGGUCGUUGCGAUGUCGUCGUCCACCGUGGCGUCAACAAAUCUCGCGCGACCUUGUGAAGAACAUGAAGUAGUUCUUUCUGUGUCACGAGAAGCCGGCCCACAAGCUACGUAUGACGAACAGUUGGAUCUACUUCCGAAACAAGAUCUCACCACGACUCCAACACGACUCGCGGCACCCCAAAUAAGCCAAAGCCAAAUGAAGACUCUACUACCCUGCGCAGCAAACCACUCCUCGGACCACGACCGCCGUGCUCCUUGCACGACCCCUAACCACAAGGACGAGCACACGACCCACCGGCGGUUCUUGGUUGACGACCUGCGCAGAACGAGGGACAUGUAUUUGGUGAAGGUUGCCGACCUGCAGAAGCUGCUGUGGACAGCGCACUAUGCAAUGCAAAAGUAUCGUACUCGUAGUAAAAGUAAUUGCAUUUAUGCAUUUACAAAUCUCGUUCUCAAGGUAAAUCAGCAUUACAAAUUUAAUUCUCAAUGCUGGGCCAAGUUGUCAUGCAAUUUAUACUAGUACGAUACCUUUGCAGUUCAUACACACAGGAGGUUGCGGUUGCUGAAAAAUGUGGAGGAAGGAUACAAACGAAGUCGACCACCACUUGCACUUCUGGGGACGACAAAUGACGUUGCUGCUGGGGCAAUGAAUGCGGUCGGACGAGGAGAUGAACCCGGGGCAACAAAUAAUCGCUCCUCGCGUCCCGCACGCCGGACUCUUCGUCCCGCCGAGUUGAAGGUGCAAGUCAGUGCCAUCUUGAGCUGGCAACAGACCGGCCUCCAGCUGGCACUGCCCUUUUCCUCAUCUUCUUCAAAACGUGUAGACGAGCAACGUCGCGGGUAUAAUCCGUAUCAGCAAGAGCCUACUUCUACCUUGAGAACCGCGAGCGAGCAGUACGAAAUUCAUAGGCUUGCCGACGAUCUUCACUAUGCUGACGUCCGCGAGAUGCUCGAGCUCGACAUGGCGGAUGGUGUGGAAGAGUUGACGAGAUCAGUCGGCCUGAAGGAGCUGCUCCGGCAGCGGAUGGCGAAUUUCGUCUCCCGCGCCGAGGCGGUGAUUGCGGCUAUGGCUAGGUUGGAACUAUGCAUUGCAAAAGUAGCGUACUAGGAUAAAUUGCAUUACAAAUUUUGGCAAGAAGAAAAAUGGAAUUUGAAAUGCUGUUUUACAUUAGGAGGAAGAUUUGUCAUGCGUAUUUGCAAUUAGUACGAGUGCGAUACUUUUGCAAAGCAUAGGAACGCUUCCGGGACGAGAUCGCGUCGGGGGAGUGGCUGGAGUAUCAAAAGGAAAAAUCCCCCCUCCCAAUAUCGAAAACGAAAUUUGUGAUGCUGGAUUUGAGUACACAAAUCAGAUUUGUCUUGCUGAAGAGGACUGCAGGCCCGCAUCAAGCCGGAGUAAAGAGGUUUUGGCCUAGGCGCUUAGCAUGAGAAACGUCUGCGCUGUAGGCCAAAUAGCACCAGCACCACAAUCCGCCUGCAUAAUGCGGCGGAGCGUGGGGAAUUGCCUUCUUGCAAGAUAGAGAUCAUUCGUGGUCGCAAAUCAGCAUUGCAAAUUUUCUGCGACGUACCUUUUCGAUAUGGGGAGGGCGGAUUUUUCUCCGGGAUAUGGAGCGGCUACUGGACCCGAUCGCGGCGGGUAAAGUAGGAGCUGUUUCUGUGGACAAGACGAAUGUUGAUGUUGAGGGCAUGACGAGGUGGAAGAAGGGCCGGAGCACGCAGGGCACGCUUAUUUCGCUUUCAUCUGAAAAAAUGUAUACCUAUGUCUACCCCCCGGCGCCCGAACUCUUGAUCUGGAGAAUGUCGAGUGACAUUAUGCCGAAUAACUCUCAAGAAGAAGAGGCGUUUAUUGGCGACAAGCUACUGACGCAGAAUUGUACUGGAGAAGAUUUCACACGGUUGUGCACUGGGGAGGUACUAUCUACUUCCAAAAAAAACGACCACAAAGAAGAUAUCAAGCUACUCCAAAACACGCUGAACCAGCACAAACAGUUGCUGCGCGCCCCGGCCGCGGAAUUCGACCACUACUUCCUGACGGAAAGCACCGGCGCCGCCUCCUGGGCCGCGGGCCUGACCGAUUUGGUCGGGAAAUGUUUGAGACGGUGGUCCCGGCUUCUGAAGGGUAUCGACAACGCACGGCUGACCAGGUUGAAAAUCCUCCCCGGAGAUGCAGUUGUUCUCGCGGAUUUCUACGAUCCGAAAAAAGUCUUUGGGUCUUCAGGGGACAAGAAGAAAAACAAGUAUAUCACCGGCCGUGUGCCUGGUGUCCCUGUCUCGUCGCCAAGUACAACAUCAACAGCGUCAUCUCCCUCAUCGUCGUUCUGGGAAAUAGAUGAACAGCCCGACGAGGAGGAAGACUCAACAGGAAAAACUACUGCGGAAACACGAGCAAAGGAUAAAAAGGAUUCCUGCAGGGCGAGACUAGAAAAGGAGAUCGAACAAAGGCAAAGUGCGGUCAGUUCCUUUACUAUGGGUAUGGGAACAUCAGACAACGCGAUGAACUUGGUAGAGGAAGGGAGCACCAUCAAGUUACUUCGCAUGAGAACCCAGUUGGAGAAGUUGCAGGCUUCCAAUUUGCGAGUGGGGCGCGUAUUGCGUAUUCAGCGAGCAGCAGGAGGAGCUGGUGCAGAAACUUCGACGCCCUAUGCGAGCGGUGCUGUUAAGGCAGAGAGUAAAACGAAUUUGCUUAGGGCUACAAAUACCGCUCUGCCAUUUGUUCAAGGCGAAUAUGAAGAAACAUCAAACGACAUACUUUAUGUGAGUUUUGAUUCGAGCAACACGGAAAUUUUCUCCCUCCCUCGCUACUGCUGGAGCCGGGCUGUCACGUCAGCUGCAAGCGAGGUAUCCUGUGCAAAAGUAUCGUACUCGUAGUAGUUGCAGUCAUGCAUUACAAACCUCGUUCCCAACGCAAAUCAGCAUGACAAAUUCCAUUUGUCACGGUGAGCGAAUUUGAAUUUGUGUUGCAAUUACUACUAGUGCGAUGCUUUUGCAGUUCAUACGAGGCGCUAGCUGAUAACGAAAGCAGGCUGGCGAACUUGAAGCGGCGGCGGGAAAUGAGCGGCGAGGAGAUGGGCCGGGCGCUGGCAGGGGAAAGAUUCGUCUAGGAGAGGGACAAUUGAUGAAGAAGUAGAAUCGAGGGCGACGAUGUUGAAGUAGUCGAUGUGAGUUUUAUUACGCCCCAUGGUGCCACCCGAGGACAUAAUUGAGAUCCUCAUGUAAUUAUUCUAAUUUGGGAAUACAACAGAAAGAGAAACAAAAAGAAACCAUUCCCCUCGAUGGUACAACGACACGGGGAUUUUGAGGCAAUCACGAAUUUUGGUAUACAAAGAUCUAGAUCAUAACGACGUAGAGCAGCUAAGUAAAUCAUUCGUGCAAGUUUUGAGAUGCCAGCACUUGAGUAUUUAAAAUGAAUUUGAACCAUGAUCGUGCCUCCUUCUGCACCGUCGCAGUAUGUUGAGGUUUUCUAGGCUGUAGGUGGUGUCACCGUUGUUAAAACACGAUCUAUCGUUGUACGUGUGCCAACAGCUCCAUAUAUUUUUUGCAAAAGCUUGUUUGCGCUUGCCCUGCUUCGAGCCUUAUUUGCUUUCAAAAUGC